CGCGGAAUCAACCGACGACGAUCGGGACAAAUCGACACGGCAAACAAAUAUAAAGACGAGGCUGAACCUUUCCUACUCUACACUAAUCUUGUUCUUUUUUCACAUACGCACUUUUACGUUGUUUUGGCAUUUUCAUGUCUCGUAGUUGUUCAUUCGACUCUGUCCUGGUUGCACUUCCCGCUGAGCCCCUCUCCCACGUCCGAUCCCACUCACAAUCAUCGUUACCUUCCCGUCGAACUGAUCGUCGGUGUUGUUCCUCUGCCGGCAUAUCACUGAAAUCUGAACGCGCAUCGUCCACUAGUUCCUUGAAGAAAGCACGCACUUGUUCUUCCAACGCCUCCCCAACCACCGCUCGCAAGCACGCUUCCCUUUCCACAAUACCCACCGUCAUGCUUCGUGUCGAGUCCUCCCGCUCUUUUGAAAGUUGCACAGCCUUUCGUCGUUCAGAAUCGCCCGCCGCUGUAGCAACAUGGCAAGCGCUUUCGAGAGCUAUUCAACUGGAACUUAAAAUUCAGCAAGAAGGACAAAAACCAAAAGCUGGAUCCAGAUACACUGUCAACUCUUCUUUUGAAAAGGUCAACACUGAGUUGUCUUCCAUUGAGCAUGCAUAUGAUACCCAGGAUGGGAACAAGCCCGUCGUCCUGAAGCGUCUCAACAGUCCCGAGACUGCGGAACACGAGCUUGCAAUCCUUCGAAAGAUAAAUGAAGCUAACCUUCCCCACGUGCUGCGAUUACGGGAUACCUUUGAAGACCCCGUUACCGGCGAACGUGUACUCGUUUUCCCCGAAUUGAAGCGCUUUGACUGUAACAAGCUUGAUCUUGUCAAAGUGGCAAAGUAUGUCAAACAGCUCGCGACCGGACUUCAAGCAGCGCAUGCAAUCGGUCUAGCUCACCUAGACCUCUCAAUAUCCAAUUUAAUGCUGGAUGAGAACGAUGACCUGGUCAUCAUUGACUGGGGUCUUGCUCGCUUCUGUGAUCCCGCCCAUGUUCAUCCAAUUGGAAGAGGUACUCCCGGCUACAUUGCACCCGAAAUGUACGCUGGAACGGCGACAAGUACCGCACCCGACAUAUAUUCCGCUGGUGUCAUAAUGGGGCAGUGGCUGGAACCCUACCUCACAGACUGCUCCUUGAGCUACCUCGGCUCGAAACUCGUUCGCUCUUCCACCACUUCGUUCAUUACCCGCAAAAUUCAGGACCAUCUCGACACCCAACGGAUUGGAUACGAAGAUCCAUGGUGUCCGGUCGUAACGUACGCAGCCGAGCUUCUCAUUAAGAUGUUUGAAGUAGAGCCGUCUCGUCGCAUCACUGCGGCGGAGAUUGUCCAAGACCCGUUUGUCUUGGCAGAGGACGGCGAGUUUGAGGGAACUGACUUUCAGUCGAACGCCGCUGCGUUACUUCGCCAGUCCGUGUGUUGUGGAUCGCCACGAGACAAGCCACGGAUUGUGAUGAGGUACCGAUAGUGGGACCUGGUCGUGGUUUUCUGUAUAUAGCUUUUUGAGUGACGUUUUUUAUUACCAUAAUUACUUGUAUAUUUUGGGUGCAAUUUGCCCUACCUUCAUAUCCCGUUCGCUUCUUGAAUAUAUCUUUUUGAGUCAUCACAAAA